AUACAGUGAGAACCAGGACUUAACUUAGUCCAAAUUAAUUCUUGGUCCCAUUUCAGUUGACUUGGCUCCGUUGUACGUCAAUGUGGCCGCCAUUUUGGAGAUGGAAACACGAGUCACUUGGUCACUCAGGUGACCAAUAUUGCUAAAAACUAUUAACAAUUAACAACAAAAUAUGUUUGCUUUCGCUCAGGCGGACCCAACCUUCAAUGUCCCUGGAUUUAAGGAGUAACAGAAUCGUCUGCGACACCUCUGCGUGCUCUUGGUUCAGUUUGCGUUUCUGCGCCUUUUAGCUGUCCUGUCUCUUUAAGGCCUUCAUGUUACCGGAAGUGCGAGGGGUGUUUCCAGCUGAUCUGAACAACAGAAGUAGCAGGAUCUCCCUCAGCACACCGACCUGUCUACUGUUGUUCUUGGCCACCGCAGCACAGCGCACCGGUCCUGACCUCCAGCGGCCUCUUGGCGCCAAGAAUAUAACCUAAUCCGGAGUAAGUUUGAAGGAGAACCGGGGGAUAUCCCGGUGUCCCCCUUUUUCUGGUCCUCCUUGUAGCCGUUAGUUAGCUGCCGUGAACCGGUACCGUGGGCUGCUUUUAGCCCGGACUGUCAUGAUCCCAGCUCGGAGAUGGCGUCCUUCCCCGAUUUGUGUAAGGCUGUCGGGCCCGCGGAGGAGGAGAACGGAGAGCUGGACGGCUCCCUGCAGCAGAUGCUGAAGGCCAUCGCCGACGAGAGGAACCGACUCAACAGCCGACAGGAGAUCAGCGGACUCGGCUGUUUUAAAGAUGACCGCAUCGUUUUCUGGACCUGGAUGUUCUCCACCUACUUCAUGGAGAAGUGGGCGCCACGGCAGGACGACAUGCUGUUCUACGUCCGCAGGAAGCCCGCCUAUGUCGGCGCAGACAACGGCGAGGCCAAAAAGGUGGAGGUGGAGGUCUACAGGAGGGACUCCAAGAAGCUUCCGGGUCUCGGUGACCCAGACAUCGACUGGGAGGAGAGCGUCUACCUGAAUCUGAUCCUGCAGAAGCUGGAUUACGUGGUGACGUGUGCCGUCUGCACGCGCUCAGACGCCGGAGACAUCCACAUCCAUAAGAAGAAAUGUCAGGAAGUUUUCGCCUCUCCCAGUAAACACGCCAUGGACAUCAAAGGAGAGGAGUCCAAGAUGAGCUACCCCAACAUCUUCUUUAUGAUCGACAACUUUGAAGAGGUGUUCAGCGAUAUGACUGUGGGCGAGGGCGAGAUGGUGUGUGUGGAGCUGGUGGCGAGCGAUAAGAGCAACACCUUCCAGGGCGUCAUCUUCCAGGGCUCCAUCCGCUACGAGGCGCUCAGGAAGGUUUACGACAACCGGGUGAGCGUCGCUGCUAAGAUGGCCCAGCGGAUGUCUUUUGGCUUCUACAAGUACAACAACAUGGAGUUUGUGAGGAUGAAGGGGCCACAGGGCAAAGGUCACGCUGAGAUGGCCGUCAGCCGGGUGCCAACAGGCGACACGUCUCCCUGCAACACGGAGGAGGACCAGGUGUCCCCGAUGCACGAGAGGGUGACGUCGUUCAGCACGCCUCCGACCCCGGAGAGGAACCGUCCGUCAUUCUUCUCUCCGUCGCUGAGGAGAAAAGUUCCCAGAAACAGGAUUGCAGAGAUGAAGAAGUCUCACUCCGCCAACGACAGCGAGGAGUUCUUCAGGGAGGAGGACGACGAAGAUAUUCACGCGGCCACCAACCUUCGCUCGCGCUCGCUGUCUGGAACCGGCCGCUCACUGGUCGGCUCCUGGCUCAAGCUGAACCGGGCCGAGGAUUACUUCCUGCUCUACUCGCACCUGACCUACGUCACGCUGCCGCUGCACCGCAUCACCACAGACAUCCUGGAGGUGAGGCAGAAGCCCAUCCUGAUGACAUAACAGAGCUGGAUUCCCCCCCAGAGCAUCUUUACAAAGUGCCUCCACCAUCAGGCCACUGAAACAGCAGCGCCCCCUGGUGGCCGGACGGAGACCUGCAGUCAAUCGCCAGCUUCACUCAGGAGACGACGGAGGCGCAGAGACGCUCCACAGACAAACCAGCCAUUCAGGAAGUGCCUCCUCUUCUGUCCGACGCCCUGCCGAGCCCGACGUCGUCUCCAUGGAAACGGACCGUGUGACCUCAGCGUGAACAGGCAUUGGCCCAACUCUGACCAGGAGGAAGAGGGAAAUGAAUGUUUGUUUUUUCUUGUAAAUAUCUGCUGCUUUACUCACUGAGACGCCUUGACUGAAGGUUGUGCUUUUAAAGACCGUCGUCUGUUGCCGAGCGACGCGUCACACAGCUCCUCUUUUCUAAUCUCCUUCACCGCGUUCGGCUGACGGUCGAUCAUGUGGGAUCUACAAUUUUAUCACCACAAACACAAAACAUCUGAGUCAAAAUCGAACUUUAUCCUCUGUUAGAACUAAUACAUGUUUUGCAUUUACUCUUUAAUCUCAUGAGAGUUGUAAUAAAGCUGAAAAUGUCAAAUUGGGAAUAAAUUCUCAAUAAGGAAUUUGAUUUGUAAAAUUAUAACUUUGAGGAAAAAUAAAUUUUUUUUGUUCACAUUUGUAUCAC